AGACAUAAUUAUUUGCGAUUAAAAAGUACUUAAAUUUUUGUGUGAGUUCAUGCUAUAAAUUCAGUGCUUAUAAUAGUAAUCAGUAAUGUAAAACCCUUUUCAUUAAAUUUUGGGAUUAGCAGACAGGUUUUGUCUCUACACACUCUCACAUAAACUUGUUUGUUAAUUCAUAUGAUCCUUUUAUUUAGUAACCUAGUGAUUAUUAUUUAUUAUUAAUUAAAGGAUAGGUUCUCUUUCUUUUUCUGUUUUGCAAUCAUUGUACAUAAAAAACUGUCACAAGAAAAAAUGGUUACAAAAAUAUAAUGGGGUAGAGACAGCUUAGCUUACCAGAUUCACAUUCUGUUUCAUUUCUCACUCACACAUUCAACAUGAACAUCAAAAAUGUUUUCGAUGGGUUCUAGUAGCAAUUGAUUUUACUUGUCAAGUUGAAAACUUUGAGAUGAGUAGCCAAAAGGGUCAUUAUCAUUAUGAAGAAGAAAUGAUGGGUUCUUGCUCUAAGGUGAAUGGUGGUGGUAAAGUUGUUGUAGUUGCAGUGAAAGCUUCUAAAGAUAUUUCAAAGAAUGCUUUGGUUUGGGCUUUGACUCAUGUUGUUCAACCAGGGGAUUGCAUUAAGCUUUUGGUCAUCAUUCCUGCACUUUCCUCAAGGAAGAAGGUAUGGGGUAUUUCAAGAUUUACUACUGAUUGUGCCACUAGUCAUUGGACAUCGCGUUUAGGAACUGUUUCGGAUCAGAAAGAAGUUAUUACAAAUUCAUGUUCUCAAUUAGUGCUUCAACUUCAUGAUUUUUAUGAUCCAGAGAAGAUAAAGAUCAGAGUAAAGAUUCUUUCUGGUUCGUUAUGUGGUUCGGUGGCUGCAGAAGCGAAGAGAGUGCAGUCAAGCUGGGUUAUAUUGGACAGAAAAUUGAAAAGUGAAAAGAAAUUCUGCAUGGAAGGGCUGCAUUGCAAUAUUGUAAUUAUGAAGCAGUCUCACGCGAAGAUUCUACGCUUGAAUUUGAAUAGUUCACCUAAGACGGAACUGAGUAGAGAUUGUACAUUGUCAUCAGAGCCAAAUGCAUACACAAGAAACUUAAAAGACAAUUCUGAAGAUCCAGGUAUAACUAGAGGUCCAGCAGUUACUCCUGCUAGUAGUCCAGAUCAAGGGUCACCACCAUUGACUGUAACUGACAUUGGAACAGCUUCUAUAUCGAGCUCAGAUCCAGGGACUUCGCCAUUUUUCCACUCUGAUAAUUAUGAAAGGAGAAGGAGAUGUUUUCCCUUUGUUAUUCAUGAGGGAUUGACAAACUUGGAGGAUAUUGACUCUGACUCAGAGAGUGAAAAGCUAAGUUCAUCGUCCAAAAGUUCGUCUUUUCAGCCGUGGAUUGCAAAUGUAAUUUGUGUAGAUGGCGAAUUCUCAAAACAAGAUGAGGACAAUAUGCAAAGAUCUAAUGAUAAGGCUUUGGUUUCUACCUAUGAAGCUUUGCUUCAGAAAUUCACAAUGUUGGAUCGAGACCCUAUCUUCGGAGUGCCUACUUGUAAAAUCGAUGUGAACUUAAGCAAAAGUGUUAGAGAAGCGAUUUCUCUAGCUAGAAGUGCACCUCACGGACCUCCCCCAUUGUGCUCUAUUUGUCAGCACAAAGCACCAGCAUUUGGGAAUCCUCCAAGGUGGUUUACAUUUGCCGAAUUACAACUUGCCACGGGUGGUUUUUCGCAAGCAAACUUCUUGGCUGAAGGUGGUUUUGGUUCGGUACACCGCGGUGUCCUACCUGACGGGCAAGUCAUCGCUGUCAAGCAGUAUAAAUUAGCUAGUACUCAAGGAGAUAAAGAAUUUUGCUCAGAAGUUGAGGUCUUAAGCUGCGCACAACACCGCAAUGUUGUGAUGUUAAUUGGGUUCUGUGUGGAAGAGGGAAGAAGAUUGCUAGUUUAUGAGUAUAUCUGUAAUGGAUCGCUUGAUUCUCAUCUCUACGGACGAAUGCAGAACGUGCUGGAUUGGUCUGCACGCCAAAAAAUUGCGGUUGGAGCAGCUCGUGGUUUAAGAUAUCUUCAUGAAGAAUGUAGAGUUGGUUGCAUUGUACACCGUGAUUUGCGGCCUAACAACAUCCUUCUCACUCAUGAUUUCGAAGCAUUAGUGGGAGAUUUUGGACUUGCUAGGUGGCAGCCAGAUGGAGAUAUGGGUGUGGAAACAAGGGUGAUAGGAACAUUUGGGUAUUUGGCACCAGAGUAUGCUCAAAGUGGUCAAAUUACUGAAAAAGCUGACGUGUACUCAUUUGGGAUCGUAUUACUUGAGCUUGUGACUGGUCGGAAAGCCGUGGAUAUUGACCGGCCCAGGGGCCAGCAAUGUCUUAGUGAAUGGGCACGUCCAUUGCUUGAAGAACACGCCAUUCAUAAACUUGUCGAUCCGAGCAUAGGAAACCGCUAUGUUGAUGAAGAGGUUUAUCGCAUGAUGCAAUGUUCCUCUCUGUGUAUCAGACGCGAUCCUCAUUUAAGGCCUCGAGUGUCUCAGGUGCUCAAGAUGCUGGAAGGUGACAUUCUCAUGUGAUUGCUGAUCACUUUUCCAAUUCCAUAGUAUGUCGUACCAGUAAAUGAAAAAAGGACAAUGACAAUAGAUUCAGAGACACGUGGAUUCCUUAAUGCAGUUUGAAUUAACUGUGAACUUGACAAAAUCACCGUGAUUCAUUGAAUAAUAUUUUUUUUACUCAUAAGUUUUUGGUUUAGUGAUGUAAAUAAUAGUAUCUAUCUAUGAUUUUGUGGAGGGUAGAAGAGCAUAGUAUAGUAUAACUAAAUUGGAACUCAUAUAUAUUACUUAGCUCUGUACAGAACAAUAUUCCAGUUUUGAUGUAUGAAAAUGUCAUGAAACAGUUAUAUAUAUUUUAUCAUAUUAAAAUCA